CCCUAGCUCCAUACUCUUCGUAAACUCCUUCGCCGUCUUCUCAAAGGUUAGCUAAUCAAUAUGUCUCUCGGAGAAGUCGCUUGCACUUACGCAUGCUUGAUCCUCAACGAUGAGGACAUUCCAAUCACCGCUGAGAAAAUUUCAACUCUAGUAAAAGCAGCUAAUGUGACAGUGGAGCCUUACUGGCCUCUCCUGUUUGCCAAGCUUGCUGAGAAGAAAAACCUUGGAGAUCUCAUCAUGAAUGUCGGUGCUGGUGGCGGCGGUGCUGCAGUAGCUGUUGCUGCACCCGCUGCUGGUGGUGCUGCUGCCGCUGCUGCCCCUGCUGCUGAGGAAAAGAAGGAAGAGCCCAAGGAAGAAAGUGAUGACGACAUGGGAUUCAGUCUGUUCGAUUAGGAGUCCCUUUCCGUAUGAAUUUUGGUUCUUCUUUGUUAGAAAGUUGAUGAAACUUGGUAAUAGUGCCCUUAUUAAGGAGAUUUUUGAUCUUCUCGUUACAGUUAUAUGUAAUCUUGAGGUUAUGAUUUAUGAACAUCUGUUAUGUUGGUUA